GGCAGCCGCCCUAUCUAUCUAUCUAUCUGACGAUCGUCAUCUCGUGUUAUGUUGUAAGUGCGUAGCGCGCGUAUUUUAUAUGCAUUUACAGUGGGAUGUUUUUUAUUGUUGUGACGUUUAAUAUCCUAAGAUACAAAGAAGAUGAAAACGUGUUGCGCUUGUGGGUUUCGAGAAAAUCGCGACACAAUUGAUGGCAACGAAAGAGUAUCCUAUCAUUCGUUUCCAAAGAAGAAAGAUAUGCGUCAAGCAUGGGUUAGGGCAAUAGGGAAGAAAGAUUUCGUCCCAACCAAGAGCAGCAUUUUGUGUAGCCAACAUUUUUCUAAAGAAUGUCUAUAUUAUCCUAACAAUGGAGGACAUAAACAAAGGAUACGUUUGAGGCCAGAUUCUGUACCAACUUUGUUUGAUGCAUAUUUCUGGAAAAGGAAAAAUAUGAAAUUAAGAAUACAAUCGAAACAAAGUCAAAAUGAUAAGUCUAAAGUUAAUGAAGGACUGAAUACAAAAGUGAAAAGUGAACCUGUUGAAUCAGAUACAAAUACAAAAUCACUGUAUGUUAAACUGGAUGAAAGUCGGAUAAACAUAAAAAAUACUGAUAGGGAGCAAUCUCUAACUUCAAGAAGAAAACGACGGCAUUAUACUGUGUAUCCAAAAUAUAUUGGUUUUUGUACCAUCAAUGAUCUUCGAUCUCCUGUGAAAGUUUUGCAUAAUUGGAAAAUGGCCAUGAGCUGCAUUAGCUCACAACGGAAGGAAAUUUCAAUACUAAAAAGAAACAAUUAUUGCUUAAAAACAAAAGUCGCAAUUCUUGAAAUGCUGCUAUCUAGUAGAUAAAUAACAGACAUCUGUCAAAUGUAUAUGCAUAACUUGUUUCUAAGUUAUGUGUUAUGUGUUAAUAUUGUGCUGACAUUUGAAUGCUAUGAAUGGUAUAUAACAGCAUUGCAUAUAAAAGAUCACCUACAGUACAUGGAGUAAGCUUAGCAUAUGAAGUAAGAAUAAGAGUGAGGAAAAAUUUAUUUUAUAUAUAUAUAUAUAUAUAUAUAUAUAUAUAUAUAUAUAUAUACAUACAUACAUAUAUAUAUAUAAAAUAAAUUUUAUAUAUAUAUAUACAUAUAUAUAUAAAAUAAAUUUUAUAUAUAUAUACAUAUAUAUAUAAAUAAAUGAGAUACAUUGUGUGUGUGUGUGUGUGUGCGUGUGUGCGUGCGUGCGUGUGUAAACUCUAACUCUUUUAUACCAGAAGUAUUUAUUUGACAGAAAGACUUGGUGUAAGGGAGUUGGAGUAUAGGUGUAAGUGAAAUAAAUUAUUUUUAUUUCUUAUUUCUUACACUAAAUUUACUCCAUACAUUAUAGCCAUCAUACCACUGUAUUACAAUAACUUGGCGAAUCUAUAUUAUUAAAAUAUAAAUUUCUAAUAAUGUUAUAAAAAUUAAGCAUUGAGCGAUUGGAUAUAACAAUAAUGUUAUAAAAAUUAAAAGUUGAGUGAUUGAGAAGACACUAGAAUAUACUCAGAUGAAGUAGAUUCGACUUAGGAGAUGGUGAGCUACUUGUAGAUAUUAAUCACCGUAUCUCUUGAUUGUAUAUUUAUAGGUAUUUUUAUAAAACACUUCAUUAUAAUUAUCUAUAUCUAUGGAGUUAGCAAUAUAAAUCUCUACACUUA